AUGGAGGAUACUGGCCCUUCCAAGAAGGGAGCUUCACCGCUUUCAUCAGCCUUAAAACGGCAUAAAACCUCCAAUCAGGAGGCUGCAGGCAAGAUCUCGGCCAAGGCCAAGGCCAAAUCUGCAGGCAAAAUCUCUAAAAAGGAUGAAAAACAGGCCAGUGACACAUCUCACCAGGAUCCCAUCUUCCAGCCUGCUGCCCUGCGGGCCCAGCAGUUGGCCCCGGAAACUACUUUCACCCCUACUGCGGCUGGACUCAGACCAACAGAGCCGGUUCCCCUUCCCACGGAGGACCGCCUAAAUGAGUUGAUUGCACAGGCGUCCUCUUACUCCGAGGAUUCAUCCUCUCAUGAGUAUGAUGCGGAAUUGGGGAUCCUGAUGUCGGAUGAGGAAAACCCUCCCAAAAUGCCAUCCUUUGCUGGUCUCUUUAAUCUGUCUCAUUUUGUUCCCCUGUUCCGAAAGGCCACUUCCACGGCCCAUCUUGGACCUGAACCCUCCACAUCGACAUCGACAACUGCUCCGGCCAUCAUAGACCCGGUGGUGGCUCUCAUCGGCCAUGCUCCGGGGGUCCUCUCUCAAGGAGCCGGAUUGAAUCACACGAUGGACGCCAGCUUGUUCGAUUGGGGAUGCAGAAGGCAGUCUGGUGUGCCUCCCCACAACCUGUCGCUCUACUUCUUUCCACAGAGCUCCAUGAAUCUCCCUCCUGACAAGGCCCGUCUUCUGAGGCAAUAUGACAAUGAGAAGAAAUGGGACCUAAUUUGUGACCAGGAAAGGUUUCAAGUGAAGAAUCCACCCCAUACAUAUAUACAGAAAUUGAAGAGCUUCCUCGAUCCAGGUGUUACCCGAAAGAAGUUCCGUCGGAGGGUGCAGGAAUCCACCAAAGUGCUGAGGGAGCUGGAGAUCUCUUUAAGGACCAAUCACAUUGGGUGGGUGCGUGAAUUUCUCAAUGAUGAAAACAAAGGCCUGGAUGUGCUGGUGGACUACCUCUCAUUUGCUCAGUGUGCAGUGAUGUUUGAUUUUGAGGGUCUGGAAAAUAGCGAGGAUGGAGCCCUAGAGAAGUUGAAAUCUUGGAGCAGGUCCAUAGAGGAUCUGCAGCACCCCAGCACCCUGUCUGCUCCCUACGCCAACAGUCUUGCUCGCUCUGCGCGCCAGUCUGCUCUCCGAUACACCACACUUCCCAGCAGAAAAGCUCUGAAGAACUCACGGCUGGUGAGCCAGAAAGAUGAUGUGCACGUGUGCAUCUUGUGUUUACGAGCCAUCAUGAACUAUCAGUAUGGAUUCAAUUUGGUUAUGUCACAUCCUCACGCUGUUAAUGAGAUUGCCCUCAGUUUGAACAAUAAAAAUCCCAGGACAAAAGCCCUGGUAUUAGAAUUGCUGGCAGCUGUGUGUCUUGUGCGAGGUGGCCAUGAGAUCAUUUUGGCUGCCUUUGAGAACUUCAAGGAGGUAUGCAAAGAGCAGCAUCGCUUUGAGAAACUGAUGGAAUAUUUCCGUAAUGAGGAUAGCAAUAUUGACUUCAUGGUAGCCUGUAUGCAAUUCAUCAACAUUGUGGUCCAUUCAGUAGAGGACAUGAACUUCCGAGUGCACUUACAAUAUGAGUUCACCAAGCUGGGUUUGGAAGAGUUCUUACAGAAGUCAAGACACACAGAAAGUGAAAAGCUGCUAGUACAAAUUCAGGCCUACCUGGACAAUGUGUUUGAUGUAGGUGGAUUGCUAGAAGAUGCUGAGACCAAGAAUGUGGCUUUGGAGAAAGUAGAAGAAUUGGAAGAGCACUUAUCGCAUUUGACAGAAAAGCUGCUGGAUCUGGAGAAUGAGAACAUCAUGCGGGUGGCUGAGUUGGAGAAACAACUAUUACAGCGGGAAAAGGAAUUGGAGAUUGUCAAGGAGACCUACGAGAGUGCCAGCCACCAAGUUCAUACAUUGCGCAGAAUUAUCAAGGAAAAGGAAGAAGCCUUCCGACAUCACUAUACCUCACAUCCAAUGGGGAGUGACCACUUGCCGCUGCCACCACCUCCAGAGGCAGAGAUCAAUUUCAACGACAUCUCUGAGGAUGAAUUCUGCCUGCCUGUCCUGCCUCCUGUGGAGGCUGCCCCUCCUCCGCCACCUCCUCCGCCACCUCUUCCCCCACCCCCUCCACCACUACCAGAUAAGUGUCCACCAGCUCCACCGCUUCCUGGCAUGUCUCCUUCGAUGAUCCUCACAAUGGGCUUAUCAGCAAUCCGGAUCAAAAAGCCCAUCAAGACCAAGUUCCGCUUGCCAGUUUUUAACUGGACAGCAUUGAAGCCCAACCAGAUCAGUGGGACGGUCUUCAGUGAACUGGAUGAUGAAAAGAUCUUGGAGGAUCUUGAUCUGGACAAGUUUGAGGAGCUCUUUAAGACCAAGGCUCAGGGCCCUGCCAUCGAUCUCCUUUGCUCUAAAAACAAGGCUUCACACAAAGCAGUCAACAAAGUGACUCUGCUGGAAGCCAACCGGGCGAAGAACCUGGCCAUCACGUUGCGUAAGGCAGGCAGGACCACAGAGGAGAUCUGCAAAGCCAUCUACACGUUUGACCUGAAGACCUUACCAGUGGACUUUGUGGAGUGCCUCAUGCGCUUUCUGCCAACCGAGACUGAGGUCAAGCUACUGCGCCAGUAUGAGAAGGAGAGGAAGCCAGUGGAGGAAUUGUCAGAUGAGGACCGCUUCAUGCUGCAUUUCAGCAAAGUGGAGCGUUUGACCCAGCGCAUGGCUAUUAUGGCUUUCCUGGGCAACUUCAGCGAAAACAUCCAGAUGCUCAUGCCGCAACUCAGUGCCAUUAUCGCUGCCUCAGCAUCUGUCAAAUCGUCACAGAAGCUCAAGCGAAUGCUCGAGAUCAUUUUGGCCCUUGGCAACUACAUGAACAGCAGCAAGCGUGGCUCAGUUUACGGGUUCAAGCUGCAGAGUCUGGACUUGCUGUUGGACACUAAGUCAACUGACCGGAAGCUGACUCUUCUACAUUUCAUUGCCAUGAUGGUGAAGGAGAAAUAUCCUGAGUUGAGCACCUUCUGGCAGGAACUGCACUUUGUGGAAAAAGCAGCUGCAGGCACUUGAUUAUCCAGUCAUGUGGCAGAGAGUCAAAUGCCUUUUUGUAGU